UCCACACGUUUGGUGGUACGUUGUGCUUCUGGCUCUUUCAUUGUGAACCAGUUAGUUAGCAAGCGAUGUUACUACCUCGUGCAUGCUGAAGUCGCCCUGUUGCUGCACAGGCCACUCUGUCCGCAAGGCCGGUCCCGACUGCGAAUUGUGCCUGUACUGCCUGACCUGGUCACCAUGGGAAGUGGGUAUGAGAAGUCCUAUUGUUUCUGCCAUGCGGGGCGAUACUGUUAUCGUCAACACUACAUUUAGAUCAACGAGAACUAGACUUCACUAACUAGCCCUUCAGCAGCGCAGUAAUGCUAGCGUGGCAGCAGUCGGAAUGACGUGACGGUUCUCUUCGGGGUUUUCUAGCUCAAAACGACGAUGUUAACAUUUUUGGUUGUAAACAGACUAAACGUGUUCGUGUUGACAGCGUGACGUCGAAUAUGGUCUCUUCAGGGGCAACCUCUACUCCCUAAAAUGUGCAAGCCGCUACGGGAAAAAAUAGUUCGAGUUGCAGGUGCGAGAAGCCUGAACACUUUCGAGGACGAGAUGGAAACGAAGGUGCAAACCUCGCUCGACAAUUGAAUCGACUUAUUGUUACCACGACCCCCAUUUUUCAAGAUGAAGACCGCCUCCCUCAAGUUCGCUGCUCUGUUGGGUGUGGCUGCAUUCGCGCCACAGUUCAUCCUCUGCAGCUCUUCAGACACGACAGCCGAAGUCAAGGAGUGCACCAACGAGUCCCUGGCAUUGACCGGAGGUGCUCAGGUAUCUCUGAAGUUCAAGUGCGCUGCCACAUAUACAAUGGGGCCGACUUCGGACGCUGAUGUCUAUGCGUACACCAAUGGGCAGUGCAGCACCACAACCCAGACACUUGACGCCCUUGUCCCUGGAUCAAAACGAUCGAAGUCUGAGGAAGGAUCAAAGGCGAUGAGGAGCACUAAAAGUGAGGCCCAGACACAAAGCGUCUACACUCUCGCGCUUGGUCCGGCACCGAAAGAAAAGCAAGUUUUCUGCUACACUUGCAGUGCGACCCCUGCUGCAGCAGCGGCGACUACGGCUGCAGAGAAGAGCAAAAAACCGUGCAACAUUAUUGUCACGGUACCCGAAGCCUCAUCAUCUAGCGCACUCGAGAGUGGGGUGACCCCUGCGGUGUUGGCAGGCGUCGCUCUCCUGGGAACUUUUGCGAUGCACUAGGACACAUUUUCUUGCACAUUUGUUCUGCUUCUUGGUGCUGAGCUGUUGUGUCACGAUGCGACAGAAGCAUACAUAUGAAUGAGUCAGUAAUUUGUCUCAUGUGCCCGCGAUUCAUUUAACUGAACUUGACAGUACUCGAUUUGAUUGCUCAGUACUAACAAGAAACACC